ACGGCCUCCUGCCGCUGGUGGAUGAAACCAAGUGUGAGGGGAAGACAGAGAGUCGCGCGCGCAGGGGUCGCGCGCUCCACCCGCAGGCACGCUCCCCGAGGCCAGCGGCCACCCCUCCCAUGGCGGCGCAAUAUGGCCCGGCCCGGGGCGAGGGGGCGGGGACCUGGCCUUGAAGAGCCGGCCUUUGAGCUAAAGGCGGGAAAUGGCGGAUUCCUCGGGACGCGGGGCUGGGAAACCUUCCACGGGGGGUCCCGGUACUCCCAGUGGUGCUAAGAUGAAAGGAAGAAGAACACAAGGUGGAAGAGUGGUUGAGUCCCGAUACUUGCAGUACGAGAAGAAAACCACCAAAAAGCCUUCUGCAGCAGAUGCAUUAAAGACCAGUGGGAAGAUGCCAGAAGGGGGAAGGAAACUCCAACUGCUCCGGAAGAGCAAAGACAGCAGUGGAAUUGGGAAGGGUGACCUGCAGUCCACGUUGCUGGAAGGGCAUGGCACCGCCCCGCCGGACCUGGACCUCUCAGCCAUCAACGACAAAAGUAUGGUUAGAAAGACUCUGCAAUUAGAAAAAACGAUGUCUAAGAAGACUGAGUCAUCGUCAUUUUCUUCUUCACAGAGAAAGAGCCCGGACCUGUCGGAGGCAAUGGAAAUGAUGGAAUCCCAAACGUUGCUCCUGACCCUGCUGACCGUAAAGAUGGAGAACGGUCUCGCUCUGUUCGAACAAAAGGCAGAGAGGAACUUAUUAAUAAUGUGUAAAGAGAAGGAGAAGCUACAGAAGAAGGCCCACGAGCUGAAGCGCAAACAUCUCCUCACUCAGAGGAAGCGGGAACUAGCAGACGUCCUUGACGCUCAGAUCGAAAUGCUCAGCCCCUAUGAGGCUGUGGCCGAACGCUUUAAGGAGCAGUACAAGACAUUCGCCACGGCCCUGGACACCACGAGGCACGAGCUUCCCGUGAAAUCGGUCCACCUGGACGGGGACGGGCAGAGUUUCUUAGACAAUUUGCAGCGGGAGUUGAUGACCACAUGCCAUCUGCUGGAAGAACUGGGGAUCGGCAGUUUAGAAGAAAACGUGAAAGCUCUGGACCUGCUGAGCGAACUCAAGGAAACAACCCAAAAGAAGGAUCUGGAGCUCCGAAGGAGCUUCGCCCAGGUGCUGGAACUCUCUGCCGAGGCAAGUAAAGAGGCGGCCUUAAUCAACCAAGAGGUCUGGGAAGAAGCCCAGGGCCUGGAGGCCCCCAGCCGGUGGUACUUCAGCCAAGAAGGCGCCUGUGGGGAGGCCCCCGGAGAGGUCGGGACGCCACUCCUGUUGGGCGCCGGUGAGCCACAUGCGGUGUGAGUCUACACGCAAGCUGUGUUCCACCCUCACAAGUGGGGACCUCCUUGCAAACCGCCAGGAAGAAAGCCCAUCCCCUCCCCCUGGAUCAGGGCAUACGUGUGCCAUGGUGGCGCGUGUGUGACACUCUGGGAACUCAAGCACUUUAGACACUAGUUUGGCAAUGUAGCUGUUUUUGUAUGAGCGUAUCACUUGAUAUGUAAAGAAUAAAACUUGUGCAUUUGAGCCUCGGUUGCUAUGUCAGGGACCAGGAGAAGGCUCGUGUUGUUUUAAGUUUUUCUGAACAGCCGCUCCUAAGCCUUGGGACCUCUGAGACAUUGUGAGUGUUUCACUUGCAUGGGGAUUUCAUGUUCUUUAGGUACGGGGUGCUUGUCCCUUUACUUUCCUUCAGCAAGUUCGGAGUUGGCCCUCCGGUGGAAGCUCUCUACCCAGUCCAGAGUCCCAGUGCUGUUGCCGGAGGCGCUGACAGGCUCUGGUCUACACCCCAUGCCCAGUAUGGCACAGAGUAUCAGCCCUCCAGCUUCUGUCUACACUGCAUGGGUUCCGGCCAUCUGGGUGCUUCCCAGGUAGCGUGCCUGCAUUGACGUUGGCUGGUUACCGUUUACAAGCCUGUGUGACCGCACUGGGUACAGGAACGUUCCCCAGAGAGGCGCGGUAUCCGUUGACAUGCGUCUGAGUAAAGAGACGCAGCCACUGUUGCUAAGGCCACUCAAACACGCAGGGCUGUUCUUGUCCAGCUUCUGCCUUCGCUCCGCCGGCCCUUGCACUCCUCACCGGGCCUCCCCAGCAGGUUUGGAUUGACAGUUGCGGGCAGGGGAAGUGCUCCCUAGGGAGACGCAAUAGUCGUGCCCACAAAACAGGCACUAAUGGCCACCAGCUCUUCCCGUCAAGCCUGUGGGAACGUUCCAGUCUCUGUCCACACUUCACCCAUAAUCCUGUCAGCCCGCACAUUGCUGGUCUCUGCGUCCGUUCACAGCCGGUUCUGGGGCUUCCCACGGAGCUCCUGGAUCAGAGUUCCAGAGACUUCUCUCCCACCCCUGACCACUUUGUCCCCCAUUCGUGUGUGGAAAGCGUUGGGUCUACCAGGGGGACACCCAGGAACCCUGGUCCUGUCGUCAAUAGUUACCUGCACUCACCAGCCCACUUACCGCCCCUCAGGCCCUGUCUCCCCCGGUUUUCAACAGCCAGGGUUUCCAAGGCCCAUCGCAGUUUCCUAUUGAGCUGUUCCUCUGCGGAGGGGAGCUCUCGGCUGGUUGUUGGGCAUCAUGGGCUAUCAGUAUGUGUCCCGGUCUGAGGGAAUGGGACUCGGGUCCACACGGUUGCAGGUUCCGCUGCGGUUCCUUGACAGCACUCUGGGCGUCUGCGUGUACCACCAGGUAACCAAAGCCUGUUCAGAAUCCCAGUCUGUUCCCACCAGGGAGCCUGCCACGGAGCUAUCUGCAGGCUCUGUCUCUCGCGUGGGCAGACAGAACAGUUCUUGUAGGCAUUUUGUGCCGCCGUGGGUGCGAGGGGGCCUUGUCAAGAUUCAGCACAUUUCUAUGUUGCUACAGAACCCCCACGUCCACUCGUGUGCCCAGGGGGCCACCCGGAGUGAGGACCCUGGGCCGAUUCCAAUCCCCUUCCAAACAUGGAAGGCAUUUCUACUGAUGGGCAUUGUUGUGUCCUAUUUUCAUGCCCCCCCUCCAGUUCUCAUAGUGAUUUCCACAGGGCUGGGCCCCACACGGGCAUCCCUUUCGUAGGCCAGCUUUCCAGUGCCAUUUGCCUGACUGGCCCGGCCACUGGCCACAACCCCUGAGUCAAAAAACCCAGACAGAUGGACUCUUGUUCUGUUCAAGUCUUCCAUUACUGCUGAGAAAAGGGUGUGCAGUUCAGCCCACCGGACUGGUUCGUUUUUACGUCCUUUGAUGAGGGUGCCGGCCUUCCAAACUGUUGUCCCUUCACCUUGGCACUGCUGUUCAUAAGCCAAGCAGCUCUUUGUCAGUUGAGAGCUGUUUGUAGGGCACUCUUUAAGUGACAAUAGAAGCUGGCAGCUACUCCCACGGCUUCAAAGUCAGUCCCAGGGGAAAAGAGGCUCCCUGCUCAUGCGUAUCUCCUUUCAUUCCCCCCAGUAGCAUAGUUGUGCAUUGUUAUCAUCGAAGUCUGGGCAUUGCUGUCGCAAAUGGAGUGUGUCUCCAACGCCAUCAAAAACGUGAUGGAUAUGGCGGCUUUCGAGAAUAUUUUAUAACUUCUAGUUACAGAGACAAUCUUAAUUAACCAAGAGGUCUGGGAAGAGAACAAGGAGGUCCAUUAGUAUUUCAAGGGAGAGAGCACCACUGGGAAAUCUCGGGGAGAGCUUAAGCACAUGCUCCUCUCAGGGGACAACACGCUUCGUGCAUCCUGAAUCCACACCCAGGCCACACUCACUCACCCAGGUGACGAGCUCCCUGCAAACCGCUAGGGAGUAUGCAUCCUGUGCCCCUUGCUCAGGGAGGGAUUUUCAGUGAUAAGAUAUGUGAUAUUCAGUAAACAGGAUCCCUUUAUCCCCUUGUUCUAGGCAGUUUUGUAUGAUCAUUUUGUUUGAUAUUUUGAAAAUAAACCUG